AUGGCAAACUUCUUCCAGUCCCCGCCCCCACAACAGCCUCACUAUGGCGGCGGUACUCCUAACAAUCUCCAGUUCUACCCAUCGUCAUAUUCAAGCCAGACACAAUCCCCCCCAGGCUAUGGAUUCGGCGGCAUGGGCAGCAUUCAACCCGGCGGCGGCGCAGUCGGUAGCGGCUCGCGGGAACAUGGGUUGACAAAGGGGUGGUUGGCGGCCUUUGGCACGAGCGGGUAUGACGAUGAGCCUCCGCUACUGGAGGAGCUUGGGGUGAACUUUGGGCACAUCAAGAUGAAGGUUCUUGCCGCUCCGCUCGAUGAGGGGGGAUUCCGCGAGUGUUUACUGACUGCGAUCAGACAUUAAUGGUGUUGAACCCUAUGGCUAGCGUAGACCAACACAUGAUGGACGAUAGUGAUGUCGCAGGGCCGAUAUUAUUCUACUUGCUUUUCGGUGCUUUCUUGUUACUAGUGCUUAUACCUCCUACCCCCGGUUGUGCUUAGAUGGGAUGGAAGCUUACUUCUAGUGCAUGAAUAGUCCGGGAAAGUCCACUUCGGGUACAUUUACGGUGUCGCCCUACUGGGUAGCAUCUCGCUUCAUCUCAUCCUAAAUUUAAUGUCGCCGCCCACAACCAGUUUGAACUACAUCCGCUCCGCUUCAGUACUAGGUUACUGCCUCCUCCCCCUCGUCUUCACGUCGGCGCUAGGGAUUGGUUACAAUAUGAACGGCUUCGUGGGCUACAUUCUCAGCGCCGCCGCAAUCGGGUGGUGCACCUAUUCAGCUAGCAAUAUGUUCGUCGCAGUCCUCCGAGUAAGAGAUAUGCGCCUCCUCGUCGCAUACCCAUUGGGACUUUUCUACAGUGUUUUCGGCAUCAUGGCGAUUUUUGGCGGGGGAGGCGGCGCGUCUGCUCUCGCCUAAGUUGGAAGGUUAGGCCAACUGGGGGCUUUUCUUUGGUUGGUGCGGUGGCUUGCGGCGGGAGCAAGCACCUUUAAAUCAGAAUAUUACACUUCUUUUUUUUCUCGUGCUUCUCCCUUAUCAUCCUGGGUUGGUUAAAUGGGAAUACAAAAAGGCUUACAUUGGAAAGAACAAGAACAAAAAAUGAUGACACUCGUUGGCACCAGAGUGCCCGUGGAGAAAUCUGUAGACAUGAGGCAUCACUCGUUUACGCUUUCUCUGACCUGUGGAGUUGGGAGUACAGCAAGUUAGAGGUCGGGUGGUAGAUGGAACGGGGUGCCUUGCUUUUCUUAGCAUAUGUAUUUGUAUAGUGUAAUGAAUAACCUUAUGCCGUCUGAU